UUCACUUUUCUUUUCCUCUUUGGCUGAGCCCCGAGGGGCAGUUGGCAGCUUUACCUCAGAGCUGCAGGAAGGGAAGGGGCAGUGAAAAUCUAAUCGGGUGUGAUCCUAGGCCAAGCUCAUGGCACAGCGGGGCCAGCAGGGGCAGAUGGCAAGUGGAGACAGCAAUCUCAACUCCAGAAUGGUCACAGAUACACAGAACACAGAGGAUCAGAACCUGCAGGAGCAGGUUUGCCCUGAGCCCAUUUUCAGGUUCUUCAGAGAACACAAGGUAGAGAUUGCAAGUGCAAUAACAAGACCAUUUCCUUUCCUUAUGGGCCUCCGAGACCGCUCCUUCAUCUCUGAGCAGAUGUAUGAACAUUUUCAAGAAGCUUUUAGAAACCUGGUCCCAGUGACAAGAGUGAUGUAUUGUGUACUCAGUGAACUGGAGAAGACGUUUGGCUGGUCACAUCUGGAAACAUUGUUCAGCAGGAUUAACCUGAUGGCCUAUCCUGAUUUAAACGAGAUUUAUAGAAGCUUCCAAAAUGUAUGCUAUGAACACCCACCUCUCCAAAUGAAUAAUGCAAACGAGUUAGAAGACAGACCCAGAUUACUACCAUAUGGUAAACAAGAGAACAGCAAUGCCGAUCAUGAAAUGGGUGAUGUAGCAGUGCCUCAGGAAGCCUUGAGCUCCUCACCAAGGUGUGAGCCAGGUUUCUCUUCAGAGUCUUGUGAGCAAUUAGCCCUCCCAAAUGCUGAUGGAGGAGACGCAGAAGAUGCACCCAGUCUACUACCAGGUGGGGGAGUGUCCUGUGAACUUGCUAUACAAACAGAUGAAGGAGAAUCAGAUGAAAUGCCCACAUUACUGCCUUAUGAUACGGAAGUUCUAGAAAGCAACAGGAUGACAGAUGCAGCAAGGACAUACAGCACAGCACCAGGGAAGAAAGAGGGAGACGAGGAAGGCAGAAACAGUCCCGGAAAAAGAAACCAAGACAAGGAAAAGUACCAAGAGAGUCCAGCGGCAAGAGACAGAGAGACCUUUGAUCUAAAAACUCCGCAAAUCACUAAUGAAGGAGAACCAGAGAAGGGGCCCUGUCUACCAGAUGAAGGAGAAGAGGGCAGUGGUGACUGUUCGCAAAUGUGUGAUGGAGAAGAGCCCCAGGAAGCCUCUAGCUCCCUAGCAAGAUGUGGGUCAGAGAACUUGGAUCGAAAGACUCCCCAAAUCACUAAUGAAGGAGAACCAGAGAAGGGGCUCUGUCUACUACCAGAUGAAGGAGAAGAGGGCAGUGAUGACUGUUCGCAAAUGUGUGAUGGAGAAGAGCCCCAGGAAGCCUCCAGCUCCCUAGCAAGAUGUGGGUCAGUGUCUGGUGAACUAGAAGAUCACCCAAUGAAUGAAGAAGGAGAAUCAGAAGAGCUCGCUUCUAGCCUGCUACAUGAUGAUGUAUCAGGAGCAGAGCAAUCAGCAUAUGAAAAUGAGAAGUGUUCCUGUGUCAUGUGUUUCUCAGAAGAGGUGCCAGGAGGCCCAGAAGUAAAGAUGGAAAGUGAUCAAGCAUGUGGCACAAUGGAUACUGUGGAUAUUGGAAACAACUCUACUUUGGGAAAACCCAAGAGGAAAAAAAGAAAAAAGAGGGGGCAUUGCUGGACCAGAGUAAGAAGGAGAAUGCAGAAAAACGUCCAACAACAUGAAAACAGCAAAGGCAAUGGCCAGGUGGUCUCGAAUGAAAAGAAGGCGAACGUGAAUCUGAAAGGCCUUUCCAAGAUUAGGGGGAGAAAGAGAAGCAAACCUAGAACCCACUUCACUCAGAGUGACAGAGCUCCACAGAAAAGAGUCCGAUCAAGAGCUUCAAGAAAGCACAAAGAUGAAACUGUGGAUUUUAAGGCUCCUUUGCUUCCGGUGACCUGUGGUGGGGUGAAGGGAAUUUUACAUAAGAAGAAAUUGAAACAAGGAAUCUUGGUGAAGUGUAUACAGAGUGAGGAUGGAAAUUGGUUCACCCCCAGGGAAUUUGAAAUCAAAGGAGGCCACGCAAGAUCAAAGAACUGGAAGCUGAGUGUGCGCUGUGGCGGGUGGCCCCUACGAUGGCUGAUAGAGAAUGGAUUUCUGCCUAAUCCUCCAAGAAUAUAUUCCAGGAAAAAAAAGAGAAUACUGAAGUCUCACAACAAUACUUCAGUUGACCCUUGUAUGAGAAACUUGGAUGAGUGUGAGGUGUGCCGGGACGGAGGGGAGCUGUUCUGUUGUGACACUUGUUCAAGAGUCUUCCAUGAGGACUGUCACAUCGCGCCUGUGGAAACUGAGAGGACCCCGUGGAGUUGCAUCUUCUGCAGGAUGAAGGAAUCUUCAGGAAGCCAACAGUGUUGUCAGGAAUCUGAGGUCCUGGAGAGGCAGAUGUGUCCGCAGGAACAGUUGAAAUGUGAGUUCCUCCUCUUGAAAGUCUAUUGCUGUUCUGAGAGCUCCUUUUUUGCCAAGAUUCCAUACUAUUAUUAUAUUAGAGGGACGUGUCAAGGCCUGAAGGAGCCCAUGUGGUUGGAUAAAAUCAAGAAAAGGCUGAAUGAGCACAGUUACCCCCAAGUGGAGGGGUUUGUACAAGACAUGCGCCUCAUCUUCCAGAACCACAGGGCCUCUUACAAGUACAAGGAUUUUGGCCAAAUGGGACUUAGACUGGAGGCUGAGUUUGAGAAGAAUUUCAAGGAAGUGUUUGCUAUUCAGGAAACAAAUGGGAACAAUUGACUGGAUUAGUGGAUGCUGAAGGCAUUCAGCAAAUAACACCCCAAAAUAUGCCACUGGUUUACCACUUACAAAAAAUAAGGUCACUUGAGCACAGCACAUGCAGAGAGGGGCUUUUCUCUGAGCCUCCCUCAUCUGCCCAAAGACAAAUCCUCAAAAGGAAAUUCAAUCAUCAUGAAUCACAACCCUGAGUAUCUCAUCAGUCAGGGAAGAGUAAGUGCGAUCACAGGGGAGGAUAUUGGAGUUGACACCAUCCCAUACAGACUCUCACCUCUCCUCCUGAGGGCUGCUCCAGACAACAUUUAUUACCUGGAAGACCUUUUAUCUGAAAACCAGCCAAGCUUUAUUCAGGAGACUCUUCUUCCCUUCACUCUCCCACUUCCGUGGCCACCUCCAUGUAGAAGCCCCAAGCCCCCGUUCUUUUUCAUAGCUCAGGAUGGUGUAUGGUGUAUGAGACUCUUCUUGGAGUCUCAUAUUUCAUGAGUCUCCUAUGCAUAAAUAUAUUAUUAAAAAAAUUUUCUUCC